GUGCAGCGAGUUCACCGAGCUGGUUUUUGCUGGCUUCAGCUUAGACGGCCAUUGGGUUCGCCACGAUGUCCGGCUUGAUGAUACAAUCGGAAGUGCUGGAGCGGGUCCGUGGGAUACAAAGGCCACAGGGUGGAAGACGCUCGGAGCUCCGUACAAGAUCUGGAAUGACGGUGAGUCAUUAGCGGUCACUUGCAAGGGUGCUGACACGAUGACGGGAUGUCUCUUCUGGUGCAUGGCUCUCAGCAACUCUUCUGAGUGUCUCCGACCUUGGCUCGUGCAGACGAACGCCAAUCCUGACCAGGACGUGCGUGCAGAGAAGUUGCUGAUCUAUGGGCGCAAGUCUUCUGACUCGACCGAUUUGGAGACAUGCACCGACGGUGGAGCGCAACUUGUCACCAUGCAAUGUGGCGACAAGCUCAUCACCGGAAACGAAGAGUGCGACCCUCCGGGGCGCGGCUGCUGCGAUCCCAAGUGCAAGCUUAUUCCCGGAUUUCAGUGGCAAGACACGGAUGGCUGCAAGGCCAUUUGUGGCGACGGUGUGGUCCUGGGGAAGGAGGAGUGCGAUCCUCCUGGCGACGGGUGCAACGAGGAAUGCCGCUUGAAGGAAGGAUGGAAGUGGUUGCAGAACAAGGCCGUGCCGAUUUGCGGAGACAGCCUGCUCGUCGGGAAGGAGCAGUGCGAUCCUCCGGGAUCCGACUGCUGCAAUCCUAUUUGCGAUCUGCUAGAUGGGUGGAAGUGGGAAGAUGGCUGCAAGGCCAUUUGCGGCGAUGGGGUGGUCCUCGGAAAGGAGGAGUGCGAUCCUCCUGGAGAGGGGUGCACCAGCGAGUGCAGGCUCGAGGAAGGAUGGGAGUGGGUGCCUUUGGAGAAGAAAGCUGCUUCCAUCUGCGGUGAUGGGCUGGUUGUCGGAAAAGAGCAAUGCGACAAGGGGGAAUGUUGCGCUGACGACUGCACCCUGCUGCAAGGAUGGCAGUGGCAAAGUGAAAGCGGCUGCAAGCCCAUCUGUGGCGAUGAGAAGGUGGUUGGGGAUGAAGAAUGCGAUCCUCCCGGGAUGGAUUGCACCGCAGAUUGCAAGAAAAGAGUCGAUCUGUUAGCCGGCCUAGAGUGCGACUACUUCUACGACAAGUCUCAGUGCCGCCUGCCGGACUUCACUACCCUGACACCGGAACAUCGAGAGAUCGUGCCGGAGAUCUACAUGUCCAACGGGAAGUUCCCCAAGAUACGUCAACUGGAUCAGUUCUGUGUGAGGUGCACUGGUCUUCUGGUCACGAAGAAAGAGGGUAACUACAAGUUCUUCCUCGCCUCAGAUGAUGGCUCCCUCAUGUGGUUGAACGGGGAGCAGGUUGUCGACAACAACGAUUGCCAUGGAGAAAGGGAGAGGGGAAGCAGCGACAAGUUCCUGAAGCCAGGUGCCCAUGAGAUCAGGGUAGAGAUGUGCGAGAACUACGGCGGCGAAAACCUCAAGAUGCGCUACCAGGGUCCGGAUACCGGCGACGCCAAGGUGAAGGUCCCUGCUGCAGUCCUCAAGCACGAGAAGAAACUGGUGCCCUGGUUCAUGGGCAACAGCGGGGAAACCUGCGACUCGGUGUGCGAGCGCAACUCCUACGAGCAAUGUGAUAAGGAGCAGAUGGUGGCCCUCUCCAGUAACGAGAAAGUCUCAGCGGCCUUCCGCGAAGUGGGCUACCACUGCAGGGGCUACCACGGAGCCCGAAAUUAUCCAGGCAGCCCUUUCUCCACGGGCAGAAACGACGACUGCGCGCCAGUUACUCCCGGAACCAAUCCGAGCUCAUUGAGUUGCAGCAGGAACCAAGGUGGUGGCAAGCCUCUCUGCGCCUGCAAAGAAAAGAAGGACAGGGUGUGGUUCCAGGCCAGCUUCGCGCAGCCGUGCAACAAGGUGUGCAAAGCCAAUGGCUUCCGCAGUUGCGACAAGCAGAAAAUGGCAGCGCUCGACUCCAACGAUAAGGUCAAGGCGGCUUUUGCAAAAGUCGGCCACGUCUGCAAGAGUUUCCAUGCAUCGCGGAACUAUCCCGGUGCCCCAUUCAUCACAGGCCGAAAAAAUGAUGAUU